AUGGGAAAGCACGACAAGAAGUCGGGCAAGGGCCGUCUUGACAAGUUCUACAGGCUUGCCAAGGAGCAGGGCUACCGCGCCCGUUCGGCCUUCAAGCUCGUCCACUUGAACCGCAAGUACGACCUUCUCUCAAAAUCGAAAUGUACCAUCGAUCUCUGUGCCGCCCCCGGUGGUUGGCUCCAGGUCGCUGAGAAGUACAUGCCCAAGGGCUCUCUGAUCAUCGGUGUCGACUUGGUGCCCAUCAAGCCGCUCCCGCACGUUAUCACCUUCGCGGCCGAUAUCACCACCCCGGCCUGUCGCAACGAGCUCAGGCAACACAUGCACGACUGGAAGGCCGAUCUCGUGCUCCAUGACGGUGCGCCCAACGUCGGUGCCGCAUGGAUCCAGGACGCCUUCACCCAGAACGAGCUCGUGCUCCAGUCGCUCAAGCUCGCUACCGAGUUCCUCAUCAAGGGCGGAAACUUUGUCACCAAGGUCUUCCGUUCUAAGGACUAUAACAGUCUGAUGUGGGUCUUUGGCCAGCUGUUCCGUUCGGUCGAGGCUACCAAGCCCCCCUCGUCUCGUAACGUCUCCGCUGAGAUCUUCGUCGUGUGCCGCGACUUCAUUGCGCCCAAGUACAUUGAUCCCAAGUUCCUUGACCCAAAGCACGUCUUCAAGGACCUCGCUGCCUUGCCCGAGUCGAUCACCGAGGAGACUGGCAAGCCCGGUAUUGCCGCCACCCAGGAGUCGCUCGUGUCGUCUGCCAACCUCAUCGCCCGUCUCGCCGCCAGCAACAACCACGCCCACGCGAACGUGUACAACCCCGAGAAGAAGCGUCGUGCCCGUGACGGUUACGAAGAUGGCGACUACACCCUGUUCCACAAAUCUCCCGUGUCCGCCUUCAUCAAGGGUGACGGCGUCGCCAUCCUCGGUACCAUGAACGAGAUUGUGUUCGAAACCGAGGAGGAGAAGGAGUGGCUCAAGUCACGGCACACUACUCCCGAUGUCCUUGCCAACUUCAAGGAUCUCAAGGUUCUCGGCAAGCGUGAAUUCAAGGAGCUCAUGAAGUGGCGUCUCGCCAUCCGUCUUGAAAUCGGUCUGGACGUCAAGGUCGACCCCAACGCGGAGGCGACCGAGGAGGUCGAGGUUGAGCCCCUUGACGAGGAGGAGCAGAUUACCGAGGAGCUCAAGAAGCUCCACGAGGAGAAGAUGGCCAAGCAGAAGCGUGAGAAGAAGAGGAAGAACGAGAUCAAGACGCGCACAAUCCAGAAGCUCCAGCUCGGUAUGUCCGCGCCGACCGACCUCGAAAUGGAGGACCGCGCCCUUGCCGGUGAAGACGAGAUGUUCGACCUUGGCGAGGGUGAGCGUGAGCUCCGCGGCCGGGGCAACCUCCACGACACCAUUCUGGACGCCGAUGGCUUGUCUGACGAGGAGGAGGAGACUUCUGCCGCCCCUGCAGAGGAGAGCGACGACGAAGUCUACUCGUCCGACGAGGAGAGGGAGCUCCGCGCUCAGGAGCUGGAAGGCGAGCUCGACGGCAUGUACGACGACUACAAGGAGCGCAUGGCCGAGCGCGAUGCCAAGUGGAAGGUCAAGCAGCAGCGCCUCAAGGACGGGAACUACGCUUCCUGGCACGGUAUCAACGAUGGCGAGGAGAGCGACGAUGGUGUCGACAAGGGCUACCGUGACCAGAUGGUCCGCCGUUUCCCCCGCCGCGGAGACGAUGAGGAGGACGAAGCCGAGGAGAGCGAGGACGGUGGUUGGGACCUCGUCGCCGCCCAGAAGGCCAAGAUUGGCGAGGAGGCCGACAGUGACGACUCGGACGAGGAGGGCGAGGCCGGACCAUCAACCAAGGCCGCCAAGAAGAAGGCCGCGAUCAAGAUCCGCCCUGAUGCCCGGGCACCCCAGCCCAAGAAGCUGGUCACGACAUUGGCCGAGUCCGAGCAGCGUGCUGCCAUGAGCCGCAACGCUCAGGUCUGGUUCGACCAGUCCGUCUUCAAGGGCGUGGGCGACAUGGCCGCUCUUGCUGCCCUUGACGGCGAUGACGAGAGCGAGGAGGGCGAUGAUGAGAGCGGAGACGACGAGGAGGAUGUCGAGAUGGACGACGAGGACGAGGACGACGCGUCGGACGUCGACAUGGACUCUUCGCUCGAGUCAACACUUGACGACAAGGAGGGCGAGGAUGAUGACGACUUUGAGAUCGUGCCCCAGGAGAAGGACGAGGACCCUGAAUGGGAUGUCGAGGACGAGAACCAGGACGAGGUGCUCCAGCAGAAGAUCAAGACCAAGGGUCUUCUCACUGCCGAGGCCGUUUCCAUCGCCCACCGUCUUGCCAACCGUCAGACAACGGCCGACAAGCUCAUCGACGAGGGCUUCAACCGCCUGUCCACGCACAACAAGGACGGUCUGCCAAGCUGGUUCCUGGACGACGAGUCCAAGUACUACCGCCCCAACAUCCCGAUCACCAAGGAGGCGGUCGACGCGCUCAAGGAGCGUCAGCGUGCCCUCGACGCGCGUCCGAUCAAGAAGGUCGCCGAGGCCAAGUGGCGCAAGAAGAUCAAGGCGCACCAGCGUCUCGAGCGCGCCAAGAAGCGUGCCGACGGCGUCAUGGAGACCGAGGACCUGAACGACGGCGAGAAGGCACGCCAGGUCUCCAAGCUUCUCAACCGCGCUGCCGCUGGCGAGAAGUACAAGGAGCGCAAGGUCGUUGUUGCCCGUGCGUCCAACAAGGGUAUCCAGGGCCGACCAAAGGGCGUCAAGGGCAAGUACAAGAUGGUGGACGCCCGUAUGCGCAAGGAGGUGCGCGCGCUCAAGCGCGUCAAGAAGGCCGAGAAGAAGAAGAGGAGCUAG